UUCGCUUGAUUUGCUGCUGAAGCGUCGAGGAGGAAGUCGGAGGCUCGAAGUGCGGAGAGAAGCUUCGGACCGGCGGCUGACCAUCCCACGAUGUUCAUUAGACGGGAUGUGAACGAGAAACUGUCGGAGGAGGCUUCGAGCAGCCCAGCGAGCUGUUACUGAUCUCCAAAUCUUGGACACAAACCCCCUGUCAUGAUGGAUUCCAAGAAAGUUGGCAAGCUACGCAGUCUUCGCCUGAAGAUGCCACAUCUUCGGCGUAACAAAGCAAGUUCCAGCAAGCCUCCCGCCCAACUCGAACAUAACUUGGAGCAUCGAAUGAGCAUCUCCGUUCCAGACAUAAGCAGCAUGAGGGAGGAGUACAACAGUGUCUCCUCCAAUAAGCACCUCCAGGAAUACAACCCUCCAAAAUCCAAUGGUAAUUCCAGACUGCCUGAUAAACCUGCUGCCUCUAGUGCAAAAGGUAGGAGUGGCCUGCUGGAAGUACCUGAUGGAGGAGCUCAAAAGAGUUACCACAGACUGAGCAUGCCCAUGGAUUACACAGACUGGGCUUUCUCUCAGGAGUCAUUGAAUGGUCACUGUGGGGAAGAGAACAUCUAUUUGGAAACACAUCCAACAAUCCAACCUCAUCAAAGGAUGGAGCACGAGGAGCUGGUCGUGCCCGAGAAAACCACUGUUUCUAAUCCAGACAUCUCCACUGAAGAUGGUUCAACAGACAACACACAGGCACCAGCGAUCCUUAUGUAAAGUUCAAGUUGGAUGGAAAAACAAUCUACAAAAGCAAGGUGGUUUACAAAAACCUGAACCCCACAUGGAACGAGUCGUUCUCCUUACCCGUGAAAGACCUGAAUCAGAAACUGUACAUCAAGGUAUACGACCGUGAUCUGACCUCUGAUGACUUUAUGGGCUCUAACUUCAUCUGCUUGAGUGACCUGGAGACUGACAGGCUCCAUGAGCGGUCUUUGCCGCUGAAAGACGAAAACACUCUGGAAGAGCAAAUGGGCUUCGUGUUGGUGGACCUGAGGCUGACACUCAGAAAUGGAGACAGCAAGAAAGGCAUUAGGUGGCUCCGAAAACGAAGUAGUAGGGGAAACCCGACUCAGAGCUCUCGUUUGUCAGACACACUGAGGAAGAGCCAGCUGUGGACGUCUGUCGUCUCAGUGACGCUGAUCGAAGGUCGGGAUCUGCCACAGUGCUCGCAGACGGGUUACUUCUACAUUCGCUUCAGGCUGGGAGAGCAGCUGUAUAAAAGCAAGAAUCAGUGCAAAGUGGCCAACCCUCAGUGGAGAGAAAGAUUCACCAUGAAUCUGUUCGUCAGUGUUUCUCAAAUCCUGGAGGUGGAGCUGUGGUCCAAAGAAGGACGAAGGGCAGAGGAGUGCUUGGGGAUGUGUGAAGUGAACCUGUCUGAGAUCCCUUUCAAUACCAGGAAUCUGUUCAAGUACAGGCUGGACCCGCUCAGAGGAAGCUUGGUCUUCCUGGUGACACUGACCACAUGCAGCGGCGUUUCCAUCUCUGAACUCGGCGCUGCACCGCUCGAUGACCAUCGCGAGUGUCAGAACCAGCUGGAUAAUUACAGUCUUAAAAGGUCCCUGAAGAACGUCAGCGAUGUUGGUUUCCUUCAAGUCAAAAUUUUUAAGGCUACAGAUCUGAUGGCUGCUGAUUUAAACGGUAAGAGUGAUCCUUUCUGCGUGUUGGAGCUGGGCAACAACAGACUACAUACCCACACGAUCUACAAGAGCCUGAACCCAGAGUGGGGCCAGGUUUUUACAUUCCCUGUCAAAGACAUUCAUGACGUUCUGAUGGUGACCAUCUUUGAUGAUGAUGGAGACAAGGCGCCAGACUUUCUGGGGAAAGUUGCCAUCCCCCUGCUCUCGAUCCGCGGAGGACAACAGGCUGUCUACCCUCUGAAGAAGCAGGACCUGGGUAGGCUGUCCAAAGGGAGCAUCACUCUGGAGCUGGAGGUUAUUUUUAACCCUGUCAAAGCAAGUAUCAGAACUUUCAACCCAAAAGAGAGAGCAUUCAUGGAGGAUAACCCCAAAUUUUCCAAAAAGGCUCUGGCCAGGAACGUGACGCGUGUCAGAGCGGUGUACGGAGCCAUCAUGUCGACUCUGCAGUACAUCAAAAGCUGCUUCCAGUGGGAGAGCGUUCAGAGGAGCCUGCUAGCCUUCCUGGUUUUUGUCGUGACUGUGUGGCACUGGGAGUUUUACAUGCUGCCGUCCUUCCUGGUUCUACUCAUCACGUGGAACUACUUCCAGAUCCGAUCUGGACGGGUCAGUCAGGUCGUGCACAGCAUGGAUUUGGAAGAUGAGGAUGAGGAUGAUGAUAAGGAGAUGGAGAGGAAAGGACUCAUCGACAAAAUUCACAUGGUCCAGGACAUAAUCAUCACCGUUCAAAACCUGCUGGACGACAUCGCCUGCUUUGGUGAGAGGAUCAAAAACACAUUUAACUGGUCGGUGCCGUUCCUGUCUGCUCUGGCUCUGCUGAUCUUCGUCGUCGCUGCAGUUCUCACGUACUUCAUCCCUGUCCGCUACGUAAUCCUCAUAUGGGGUAUCAAUAAAUUCACCAAGAAGUUGCGGAACCCGUACAGCAUCGACAACAAUGAAGUGCUUGAUUUCCUCUCCAGGGUGCCGUCAGAUGUGCAGAAGGUUCAGUACAGCGAGCUAAAAAGCAGCAAGAAGAAAAGGGUCUCAUAGAAACCAGGAAGACGCUUCACGCGCUG